ACCACACUUUAGCACUGGGCACUGGGUGGACUCAGCAAACACUCCCUGCAAGAAUGACUCUUCAGGGAGGGGUAGGGACAGCACUGAGUGCGGUCCUGCCUCCCCAGUAACAGGCUGAUGGGAACUCAGCUGACUUAACACCCUCUAGGGAGGCGCUGCAGGUUGCUUCGCUCUGACCCCCUCUCCCCUCACUGGCGUGUGUGCCUGGGGGGUGGGGGGUGGUGCACCUGACUGAGGAGAGAGUUGCCAGUCCAGGCCCAGGUCCAGUGCAGGCUGGAUCUCUCCGUGCUGUGACUGUUGUAUGUCUGUGCUUGACGGGGUCCGUGGGCAGGUGCACGGGCCUGGCCAGGCAAGAGUUUGCUCAGUAUACUGACCCUCUCCGUGUGCAUCUCCCCAAACCCUGCCUUGCACCAGCCUGUAAGGAAGCCACAGUCACAUGGGGCCAUUGAAAUUGAAAUGAAUGGAAGUAAAAAGCCAGUGCCUCCAUGAACGACGUUGGCCACAUUGCAAGCGCUCAAUAGCCCGUAGGGCUGCGCGACGAUCAGAGCGGCUACGGAACCUUCCACCGCCGCAGGAAGUUCUAGUCCAGGCGUUGGCCCCGAGCCUCCGGGCGUGGCUGGCGGCGGGGAUGGCGCAGUACAAGGGCACGAUGCGCGAGGCCGGCCGGGCCCUGCACCUGAUCAAGAAGCGCGAGAAGCAGAAGGAGCAGAUGGAGGUGCUGAAGCAGCGGAUCGCCGAGGAGACCAUCGCCAAGUCGCAGGUGGACAAGAAGUUCUCGGCUCACUACGAUGCGGUGGAGGCCAAGCUGAAGUCGAGCACGGUGGGGCUGGUGACCCUGAACGACAUGAAGGCGCGGCAGGAGGCCCUGGUGCGCGAGCGGGAGAUGCAGCUGGCACAGCGCGCGCGGCGGGAGCAGCGGCGCCGGCAGCUGCAGGCGCAGCGCGAGCGGGAGCGCAAGCGGGAGCAGCGGCGCCAGAUCUGCGGCCUGUCCUUCUCGCCCGACGACGGCGACGGCGACGGCGAGGCGGCCGAGGAGGAGAAGGAGGCCGGGCCGCCGGCGCCCGGCCGGCCCCGCAGGCACCUGGGCAAGGACCCGGCCGUGGACACCAGCUUCCUGCCGGACCGCGAGCGCGAGGAGGAGGAGCGGCGGCUGCGCGAGGAGCUGCGGCGAGAGUGGGAGGCGCGGCGCGAGCGCGUGAAGCGCGAGGAGGUGGAGGUGACGUUCAGCUACUGGGACGGCUGCGGGCACCGGCGCGCGGCGCGCAUCCACAAGGGCGGCACGGUGCAGCAGUUCCUCAAGAAGGCGCUGCAGGCGCUGCGCCGCGACUUCCGCGAGCUGCGCGCGGCCGGCGUGGAGCAGCUCAUGUUCGUCAAGGAGGACCUGAUCCUGCCGCACUACCACACCUUCUACGACCUGAUCGUGGCCCAGGCGCGCGGCAAGAGCGGGCCGCUCUUCGCCUUCGACGUGCACGACGACGUGCGGCUGCUCAGCGACGCCACCCGGGAGAAGGACGAGUCGCACGCGGGCAAGGUGGUGCUGCGCAGCUGGUACGAGAAGAACAAGCACAUCUUCCCCGCCAGCCGCUGGGAGCCCUACGACCCCGAGAAGAAGUGGGACCGCUACACCGUCCGCUGAGGCCGCGGGCGCGGGGCCCCGGCUCGGCGCGGCGGCCGCGACCUCCGGGCUGACACUUGCGUAAUAAAGACGGAGGCUUCGCGUUGUGCCCGCGUGGUCCUUCUGUGGCGGACGCUGUGUUGGGUUGUGGGGUUGAUUUCGGGGGAGUUUCGGUGCGGCCUGGCUCUGCCGGGCCCCGGGAAGGCACGCGGCCGCCCUGGACAGCAGUGAGAGUCAGGGCCGCGUUGGGACCUGGGUCACGGUGUUCUAGCCCGGAGUCAGGGGCGUGGACUUGACCCCCCGGCUGUCUGGGUUCCAGGCCCAGCCCAGCUGCUUACUCGCUACUGAUGGAAACUCUGCGUGGUUUCCCCGCCUGUAAUUAAGGGUGACAGUAGUGCGUAGCGCACAAGGUGGACGCGAGGAUGAAAUGGGGUAACAGCUGUGAGGCACUUAGCGCUCGACAAACACCUGCUCGUAUUCUCAUGGUCUUGGCUAAGUGACUUAAAGGACUGCUGUGACCCACUUCAGAACCAUGUGUGGGCAAAGUGACCUGCCAGCACUUUCCCCAGGAUCGGGGAGGGAGUGGCUCACAGACUGGGGGAGCAGCCCCGCCUUGGGCGUUCCUUAGCUGGGUCGUUUGCCCGCAGGAGUCAGGGGGUGGGGCUUCUCCUUUUGCCUCAAGCUCCAUCGCGCCUCCACACAGCACACAUGCCCGAAGGUUUAACAUUUUGAUGUUUUAUUCAUUGUGUUACCUUUGUUUCUUAAAACAUUGCAUUAGAGUAUUUAUCUUGAUGACUCUGUUUAGGGGCAUACCCCACCCCCCACUCUGUCCUAUACUUACUGCCCAAGGCCAGUGCCUCUCUCACUUUGCUGGGUCCCAGCUCCCAGCGAAGGAGGGACACUUUUUUUCCCUUGGAGUUCCUGCCUCUACCCAUAAAUGAGAGCUUGCACAGGAAACACUGAUGCUCCAAGUCCGGGAGCCUCAGCCUGGCUACCCCUUGGGAUCACGUGGGAAGCUUUUAAACCUCCCUGAUCCCAGGUCACACCCAGAGCCCACUGCCCAGCUCCCCAGGUUUUCACUGUGAGUAGGGUUGGAGAAGGAAUGUGUCAGCGUUGCCUUCUCUCUACCUCCCUUUGCUAACUCCUCCCUGAG